UCACAAAGACAGAAGCUCUGAAAUUCAUAGUACUGUGCCUACCAUGGCUAGAAUCCUUCCCACCUUAGCUUUCCACUUGCUCAUAAUCUCUUCCCUCCUGUCUUCCUUUUCCAUGAUCUUAGUUUCUGCGGAAGAUCAUGAGUUUGUGCAAUCCAUGGACCCCGAGCUUUUCGGUUUAAAGAAAGAAAAGCUCACCCAUUUUCGCAUGUAUUGGCACGACGUUGUUGAUGGUCCUAUUCCCUCUGCCGUAACAAUAGUGCAACCACCCUCCAACUCCUCCCAAACACGGUUCGGCCUAAUAAGAAUGUUCGACAACGCUCUAACCCAAGGCCCCGAACCAAGCUCGAAACUUCUGGGAAGGGCUCAAGGGUUUUAUGGAUCUGCUUCACAAGAAGACAUUAGCCUGUUGAUGGCUCAGAACUUUGCUUUUGUUCAGGGAAAGUAUAACGGUAGCACCGUAACCCUGAUGGGGAGGAAUUCGAUCUUGAACAAAGUGAGGGAACUAUCUGUGAUAGGAGGAAGUGGACUUUUCAGGUAUGCUAGGGGUUAUGCUCUAGCAACCACUCAGUCGUUUAAUGCGUCUAAAAGUGAUGAUGCUAUAGUGGAGUAUAAUAUCUAUGUCUUGCAUUAUUGAAACUGAUCGAUAAGUGCUAGCUUUUGCUUAGCUACUUGCUGUUUCAUCAUUUGCUAAUAAGUAUUUGUUCGGUGAUCGAGAAAUGUACGUAAUGUUGUCGUUCUAAUAAUAAUUCAGAGGUUUUGAUUGAUUA